GAUUUUUUCUGUUUGUUCAACAUAACACCAGAUCUCUCGUUGACUCACCGCCUCUCACAUUUGGCACCACCACCAAUAUCUCAAUUCUUAAACCCUCAAUCUAUAACCACAACAACCAAUACCGCUCACAAAAUUCGGCUUCGCUUGGCACUCCAACUAUGUCCGAUCUGUUAUUAGAGAUGGAUGAGAUGGGUGAGAUUGAGAAGCCAAUAUUCAGAGACAUAAGGCGUUAUUACUGUGAGUACUGUGGCAUUUGCAGGUCCAAGAAGUCUCUUAUUACUUCUCAUAUGCUCACUCACCACAAGGAAGAGAUGGAAAAGAAUCAGGUUAAUGGGGAAGAGGAAAAAGAAGGAAAAAAGUCCAAUACGUGUCAAGAAUGUGGUGUGACAUUCACAAAACCUGCGUAUUUGAAGCAACACAUGCAAAGUCAUUCGGUUGAGAGGCUGUACACUUGUCCAGUUGAUGAUUGCCACGCCAGCUAUAGAAGAAAGGACCACUUGACUCGGCAUCUGCUUCAGCACCAAGGAAAACUCUUUAAGUGUCCAAUUGAGAAUUGUGGCCAUGAAUUUUCUUACCAAGGCAACAUGACACGGCAUGUGAAAGAAUUCCAUAGCAAAGAUUGCCCUCCGAUUAAUGCUGAAUCCCCGAAGAAAUUUGUCUGCCAGGAAAUAGGGUGUGGAAAGGUUUUCAAAUUUGCAUCAAAACUGCGAAAGCAUGAGGAAUCCCAUGUUAAAUUAGACUCAGUGGAGGCACUCUGCUGCGAACCUGGCUGCAUGAAAUAUUUUUCAAACGAAGAAUGUCUUAAGGCCCACAUCCAGUCCUGCCACCAACAUAUUACUUGUGAGAUAUGUGGAACCAAGCAACUAAGAAGGAACAUUAAGCGGCAUCUACAAAUACAUGAAGACACAGUUUCACUGGAGAGAGUCAAGUGCCACUACGACGGUUGUCUUCACACAUUUUCAACUAAAUCAAAUCUCCAUCAGCAUAUCAAGGCUGUGCACCUUGAUAUUAAACCUUUUGCCUGUAGCUUUUCUGGUUGUGGCAUGAGAUUUGCACACAAGCAUGUGAGAGACAAGCAUGAGAAGACAGGGUGCCAUGUUCAUACAACCGGUGAUUUUGAAGAGUCAGACGAGCAAUUUCAAUCCAGGAUUAGGGGUGGCCGGAAGAGAAAGUGCCCAACCGUAGAAAUGCUGAUCCGGAAGAGGAUUACUCCACCAACUCCACCAAGUCAAUCAGACGAAGAGUCUGACUACCUUGGUUGGUUGCACUCAGAGAGGCAACGAGCUGUAAAUCAUAGCCUAUAGUUUCACACAAUAUGAACGGGGUCUCCCACUUUAAAUAUAUAGAAGUUUGGGUCUUUAGAAGGAUGAUAUGUAUAUAUAGGUUAUUAGCAGCCAUUUACAAUCUGGGUCUUUUCCUCAAUUGUCAGAAUUAAUUUUAUUCUUUAUGGGUUCCCUUAUCAGUGUAUUACCCUAGUUAAUGAAAUAUAAAUGUAGCAUUCGGUUCCAUCAA